CGGGGGAGGUGAAUAGAAUGUCAAAUGCCAAAAUGGAGGAGAGAGAACAUUUUUACUCUUCUUCGUCUAAUUUCAGUCAACCUACAAUGCCAGCAACCCCUCCUGGAUUAGAGGCAAUUUACUCAGCAUGUCGAAGACUUUAUCCGAGCCAACCAAACCCGUUACAAGUCACAGCAUUAGUAAAAUAUUGGUUAAAUGGUCCAGAUCCAUUAGAUUAUAUUAGUAUGUAUUCUAAUAAUGGUGAUCCUGAAAGACACAUUCCACCACACUGGCAUUAUAUUAGUUUUGGUUUAUCAGAUUUACAUGGUGAUGGUAGAGUGCAUGAAAGCUCAGCAAAUGAAGGACCCAGUGGUUAUGGCUUUGAAUUAACAUUUAGAUUAAAAAGAGAACCAGGUGAAGCUAAUCCACCAACCUGGCCAGCAGCUUUAAUGCAAUCAUUAGCUAGAUAUGUUUUUCAGUCAGAUAAUGUAUUAUGUAGUGGUGAUCAUGUGUCAUGGCAUACUCCUUUAGAUGGUAGUGAAUCUCGUAUACAACAUAUGUUAAUGACAGAAGAUGCCCAAUUACAACCCAUUACAACACCAUUUGGUUCGGUUAACUUUGUACAGAUUGUAGGAGUAUGUAGUGAAGAAUUACGGGCAUCACAACACUGGAAUGGUCCUGGUGUUAUAGAAUUACUUAGAUCCAAAUCAGUUGCUGGUGGAGCUUGGUUAAUAACAGACAUGAGAAGAGGAGAAACUAUAUUUGAGAUUGAUCCACAAUUACAGGAAAGAGUAGAUCAAGGUAUUGAACAAGAAGGUUCUAAUUUAAGUGGUGUAAGUAGUCGUUGUUCAUGGGAAGAACCUGGAAGUAAUGAUGCACAAUACGAUGAUGACAAGGAAAAUAAAAUACAUGACAAUAGAAGACGUGGAAGUAAUGAUUCAGCUGGUCGACCUCAUAUUUCAGAUCAUGAUUCUGAACAAAUUAAAGCUACUUUGAAAAAGGGUUUAAGUACUAGUCGAACUAAUCUUCCAUUUAAAAUAGAAGGAAAAGAAGCUGACUCUCAUACGAAUCGUAAUCAAUCAAGAAAAGAAUCAUUUGAUAGUACAGUCAGUUCAGAAGGUCCUACAGAAUUAACCAGAACAAGAUCAUUAGAUGCUAUUCAUCUUAAAUUUAAUUUAGAAGCGGGUUUAUUAUUACCAUUAGCACUUAGGGGUCGAUUACGGCAUGGUAGACAUUUUACAUUUAAAAGUGUGUUAAAUGAUGUAGCUAUAACAUUUGUAUCAUCUAGUGUCGUGGGUUCAUUUGCUGAUGAAGAACAUCCAUUUGCUGCUCAUGGCAUGUGGUUACAGGUGUUAUUAACAGAUGAUUUUAUAGAUGAAAUGAUACAUGAACUGGAAGAAUUAUCAAAUCCUGAUGAUGCAUUGUAUCCCAAAACAUACAGCUGGCCGGAAAGGAGAUUAUGUGUAACUGUUUUACCUGAUGAAAUGUAAAAACACUAGACAUGGUGUAGUAUGAUGGCAGACAUUAUUGUCAUAUAAUGAUUGGUGCAUGAAUCAAAACAUUAAACUGUGUUUAUCAGAGUCCAUGAAACUAAAGAUGGUUGUUUAUUUAUUUUAUUGUAUAUUUGUUGGAUCAUGUCUGUGCUAAAUACAUUAGUGAUUGUGCAAUGGAUAUCAUCAUUAUACUCUAAUGUGAAUCAUCUUAUUAUGAAUUAUAGAAUCCUGACUUAUCUUUGUCAUGAAGCCAAAAAGUUAGACAUUUUCUUGAGUGUAUUGGAGAUGUAGUGCUGUGUGAACAUUUCUCUUAAAAUCUCAUGGACACUACAAUAUAUGUGGGUUAUGAAAGACUUGUGUUCUCUUCCAGUAUGUGUACUGUUGUACCAGGCUUCUAAUUUUACCCUCAUCAGGAUGAAAGAACUCUGUAGCUUUUUAUCAUUAUUCAGUUCAAAGUUCAUUGUUGAAUUUUUUUACCUAAUUUAAAUAUUUGUAUUUUGGUAUUUUACAUGUACAUAGUAAACAUUUUAUUACAGUUCACAAAAAUCAAAAUAUAAAAUUACUGAACUCUGAAUAAAUACAAGUUAUAAUAAUAUACUAUUCAAAAAAAGUAGGGGAUAUUUGAUUUUUAAGUGUUAUUAAAGUCACCUAAUGAAACUGAUGAAGAAACAAAUGACAAAAUGAAAUGAAGUUCACAUUCAUCGAUUUAUUCCAAAUGAUCGUUAGACUAAGUAAGGCACAGACUGACCAUUAUAAGGGUAAAAUGAUACCCGGGGUCAAACAGCAAAGUUACCACAGCAUCACAACCAAGUCAGUAACGGGUAAAUCCUCCUCUGUUUGCCAAACAAGCAUUGAUCCGACGUGGCAUACUCCUAAUGAGA